AUGGCGGCGGCCGGUGGCCCCAUGAGCGAUUCGGAGAGCAGCAGCGGCGGCGAGGCGGAGGAGCUGGCGCGGUGCCGCGAGGCGGCGAUGCCGGCCUGGGGUUUGGAACAGCGCCCGCGAGGGGCGGAGAAAGCAAGAGCCGAUGCUGCAAAUAACCAGUUACCAGCCUCCCAACCAAGCCUCAGGCAUAGGGUGGAUGAGCACGAACAGGAUGGCAAUGAGCUUCAGACCACCCCCGAAUUCCGAGCGCACGUAGCCAAGAAGCUGGGAGCCCUACUGGACAGUUCCAUUACCAUCUCAGAAGUAGUGAAGAAGCCAGCAAAACCCGAGGUACAGAAAGUGGCCUUAGAGGAUGAUGGCUUCCGCCUUUUCUUCACAUCCAUCCCUGGAGGCCCUGAGAGGGAAGCCUCUCCCCAGCCCCUCCGUAAGCGAUGGCCCUCCAGCUCCAGCAGCAAGGACAGCGAUGAGGAGUGGCAGCGGUGCCAGGAGGCAGCUGUGUCAGCUUCUGACAUCCUCCAGGAGUCAGCCAUCCACGGCCCUGUCAAGGUGGAGAAAGAGGCAAAGAAGAAGAAAAGGAAGUUGAAAAAGAAGCCCAAGACGGUGGCUGGCGUUGACUCAGUUGAAGCCACCACUGUCUCCUCCAACGGGGCCACAGUCCAGAAGCAGGAAAAGGAGUCAGGCGAGUUCAACAGAGACCAGGUAUCACUUGGGACCAAAAAGAAGAAAAGGAAGAAAAAGGCAAAGAAGACCAGUGAGCCUUCUCCAUUCCUGCCAGCAAAGGGUGCAGCCGCCAUGCCUGCAAACUGACCCUGGUCUGUGGGCAUAGGGCCCAACACUCCAAGGACAAGGCAUCCAUUGGGAACAAGGCAUUUCCAAGCCCUGCCUCCUUCUCCAAGUACAAGGAUGUGGCUGGCAAGUUUGGACUUUGCCCAGGAGCCCCUGAUCAUGAUUGGGGCUUACUGAAGGCUCUGGGCAAAGAAGUGGGUAGGGUGAGAAGCCUAAGCAACCUGCCCCUCUGUGCUCCCACUGAGGGCUGGGGCAGACCUGUGGUACCAGAACAUUCCAUUGCCUCAGGAAGAAGGAGCCUUCCAGUUACUCAAGAUCAGUGGCCAAGUGGUAAAGCUUCCAUCACCCCAAGGAGACCUUUCUUCUCCCCCCCCCACCUCCUCCACCUGCUGUGAGAAACAGUCUUUAGAAAAUGAGGGAAGGAGUCUCCAAGAUGCCAAGGCCCAGAACAACUUUUUUACUUCUCCCCCAAGCCCACAUAGACUUGAUAGAACACUGGAAAAGGAAGAGAAAGAGAUUUUUUCCCCCUAAUUUUCCAGAAUUUUCUUUCUCCACAUUUGUGAAUAUACCAUGUACAAUGAUGUCUCUGAGCCAACCAGAUUAUCGAAAAUAAAUUAUCA